AUGGCAGCUACAACUUGCUGCUUGCUGCUGGUAUGCUUGGUUGCCGGACAGCUGCUUGCGAUGGCUGAGGCAAAGGAGAAUGCUCACCAUCACCAGAAGCUGCUGGCGGCGGCGCCUACACCAUCGUCGCCGGCCGGACUUCCGACUGACCCCAAGCUGAUCAGUCCCUGCGCUUUCUGCUAUGCUUAUAGCUGCCCCAGUGACUGCAAGGGAAUAUGCGGUUGCCACUGA